AUGGGCCCUAGGGAGAGGCCCAAUCAUCCUAUUAAACCAAGAAUCAUUACAGCUAUGUAUACUGAUUUACUAACCGUUAAAGACCUGAUCCUUAGGCGCUAAAUUAGGGAUUACAGAAUAUAUUUAUUUCCUGUUUUGCUUCCUUAUUAAAUCUGGAGGAUUUCAUGCGAUAUGCUGAAUCACUCCUCUCCCUAUAUGUAUCGCACAAAUCUGUGGAAUAAAAUACAGCUUUUCUGCACACAAACUCUCAUGGUAUCAGAGCGCUACCACUCAUGUCUUUCAAAGAAGCUCUGACACGAAAUUCCAGAGCUUUUACAGCUGAGGGUGAGUCCACCUCAGUGACAACUGCACCCCAGAAUAUGACCGAGUCAGAAGAGAUGCGGUCAACUAGUUCAGGCGCACCAAAUGGAUCUGGACCAGAUUCCUUGUCCCAACUGAUUAUAUCCCACCGCCUCAAUGGCAACAACUACCUCCAGUGGUCCAGAAAUAUUCUCAUGUUUGUGCGUGGAAGAAACAAGGAAAAAUACCUUACUUGGAACCCUCAGCCACCAAAAACCGAGGACCCACAGUAUGAAACAUGGUGUGCAGAAAACAACACCGUAAUGACAUGGCUUGUUCAUUCCAUGCUUCCUGAAAUUAGCGAAAACUACCUACUUGCUAGUUCCGCACGAGAAAUAUGGGAAUCAGCAAGGCGGACAUACUCUGUUAAGGAAAAUACAGCAGCUAUUUUCCAACUCAAACGCAUGCUACGCAGCCUCACUCAAGGGGAGAAGUCUGUCACCCAGUACUACAGUGCCCUGGUGCGACUGUGGCUGCAAAUAGAUCUCUAUGAAGUACACAAAUGGUCCUGCCAUACAGAUGAAGUCUACUUCAAACAGGUAAUAGACCGAGACCGAUGUUAUGAUUUUCUUCUUGGCCUUAACGAUUCUUUUGAAGAUAUCAGGGGAAGAAUAAUGAGCAUUAAGCCCCUUCCAUCACUGGAAGAUGCCUUCAAUAUGAUUAAGAAUGAAGAGAGCCGGAAAGCACUGGUUCAAAAUCCAUCUUUGGUUUCCCCAUCAACCAUAACUGAAGGCUCGGCCAUGGUGACUAGAAGCAACCAAGGUGGAGACACAAGGGGAAAGAAGUCCCUAAGGUGUGACCAUUGCAACAAAAAUGGCCACACCCGUGACACAUGCUGGAAGAUCCAUGGCAAGCCAGCCAAUUGGAAGCCACGGCCUAAGGGAGAAGGAUUUAGUCUUGGGCAAGCUGAUUGGCAAAGCUAAAGAAUGUAAUGGGCUGUACUACCUUGAAGGGAACCUGAAAAAUAAAAGCCCCCUAGCUACUGCUACUUCUGCUAUUCAUGUGACUCCAAACAAUGCUGCUGUGUCCCGUGAUGAAAUAAUGUUAUGGCAUUACCGUUUAGGCCAUCCUAACUUUGAUUAUAUGAAAAUCCUGUUUCCCAAUUUCAUGAAUAAAAUAUCUCCUUCUCAAA